AUGCAGGUCCGGUUGGUGAACAUACUCCUUCGAAGACACCCAGUAAAAGCACCAAGAAGGAAGCCUGGCAAUCAGUCAGGUGGCAUACCCAUUGAGCAUAAAAAUGGAGAAGACGAAGAGGAAGCUCGUGCGGGUCCUGGGGAGAUUGGGCCGAUUAGCUUACGAAUCCUCCUUUUUGCUCUCGCAAUACAUGCCUCUCAGUAUCAGCAAAGUGAGGGAUACGGCCCACAGGUCUCAACAGCAAUUCAGUGCAUCCCGCUUAAGCAACACAAGGAACAUGACUCACACAUCUUAACCGAAAGCUCCUGGUACCGAGGCAAACAGCGAGUUUGUCCGCAGCUUCAAGCACUUUGCGACGUCGAGGCUAGAAUACGAGAUUCACGGCCCAGAGAUUCUUUGCGGAUUAUAUCAUCGAAUCAAUGA